CUUUCUUAAUGGUGCGCCAUCAUAUAAACUAAGAUGGGUGCCUACAAGUAUAUGCAGGAGCUGUGGAGGAAGAAGCAGUCAGAUGUUUUGCGUUUUUUGCUGCGUGUCCGAUGCUGGCAGUACCGUCAGUUGUCAUCCCUCCAUCGUGCUCCAAGACCAACUAGGCCUGAUAAAGCUCGUAGACUUGGAUACAAGGCCAAGCAGGGCUAUGUAGUUUACCGUAUAAGAGUGCGCCGUGGAGGUCGAAAGCGACCUGUGCCUAAGGGUGCUACAUAUGGCAAGCCUGUACACCAUGGUGUUAACCAGCUGAAAUUUGCUCGCAGCUUGCAGUCUGUGGCAGAGGAACGAGCUGGCCGUCAUUGUGGAGCUUUAAGAGUUCUUAAUUCCUAUUGGGUUGGAGAGGAUUCUACCUAUAAGUUCUUUGAGGUAAUCCUUAUUGAUCCAUUCCACAAAGCUAUCAGACGCAACCCAGACACUCAGUGGAUUACAAAGCCAGUCCACAAACACAGAGAGAUGCGUGGUCUGACCUCAGCUGGCAGGAAGAGUAGAGGCCUUGGCAAGGGCCACAGAUACCAUCUCACCAUUGGUGGCUCUCGCCAUGCUUGCUGGAGAAGGCGCAACACCCUACAGCUGCGUCGCUACCGUUAACUGUAGUGUUCAUAUAUGUUCUGUUGAAAUAAACUAUUGUGGAAUGUC